AUGAGUCUUGUGCUAAUGGAAUGGUCUCAGCGGGUGUCCUGUGUUGUUGCUAGACCUCCUGCCUGCAAAUCCGUCACGAGCAGCUAUGCAGGGCACCAAGGGCCAGAGCAUGCACCUACCUGCCCGGUAUCACCCGACGACAGAGUUCAGCAUCAGGCGACCACACGGGAGGCCGAUGCAGCAGUGCAGCAGUCAUCAUUCUCAUAUCUAUGUGGCGCGUCCCCGGUGCGUCCCCAGUACGUCCAAAUCCGUCCACCGUUGUCCGCUGACGUUCCAGGUGCGUCCACAGUACGUCCAAACUUGUCUACCGUUGUCCGUGGACGUCCCAGGCGCGUCCCCGGUGCGUCCCUAGUACGUCCAAACUCGUCUACUGUUGUCCGUGGACGUCCCAGGCGCGUCCCUGGUGCGUCCCCAGUACGUCCCCAGUACGUCCAAACUCGUCCACCGUUGUCCGUGGACGUCCCAGGCGCGUCCCCAAAAAGUCAAGAAAUUACUCUUACACUGUGUCCGUUGUUUGGAUCCAAGCUGCAAGAUCCAACAUCCACAAACACCGGCAAUGAAUGGAAUGCCGGUCAAUGA